UUGAACACGCUGUCUGCAAAAAUUGUGCUAUCUGCUGCGAUAGGACGUGUGGUAAAUGGCAGCGUUAACGUUGUGACGCUAAGAUACAUUUAGUAAAUAAUAAUUGCCUUGCAAAGAUAAUACCGCGCUUCAUGUGCCGUAUUGCGCAGUUUGAAAUAUCCUGGAAUAUCUAAAUAGGAAGAACACCCACGGAAGGGAAAAAAGAUGGAUUGGCAUUUUGUUUUGUUCGUUUUAUCCUCGAUAUUUUGUGUUCAGUGUGAAGUCAACAUUCCAGGUGUACCAAACAGACGCUUCCUCGUGCCGACUGAAUACCCGAAGGCGACACAAGCACCAAACGGUCUCCCAUAUGUUAGUAACGCAAGUUUGAGUUUCAGGAAAAGACAGUUUUACCUUGACGGGAAACCAUUCCAACUUCUUGGCGGGAGCAUUCAUUAUUUCAGAGUAUUGCCAGAAUAUUGGAGAGACCGAUUGAUGAAAUUGAAAGCAUGCGGAUUGAACACAGUAACUAUCUACGUGUCAUGGAACCUACACGAAGUCUAUCCCGGCGAGUUCGAUUUCAGUGGUCGUCUAAAUCUGAGACAAUUUAUCCAACUUGCACACGAGCUCGGUCUUUACGUCAGUUUGCGGCCUGGACCCUAUAUAUGUGCUGAGUGGGAGUUUGGUGGCCUUCCUGGCUGGCUCCUGAAGGACCCACACAUGGUCGUUAGGAGUAACUACCCCGGGUACACACGGGCUGUGGAGCGAUUCUUCACCCGACUGCUACAGGAAGUAGUCGAUCUGCAGUUCAGUCGCGGGGGUCCAAUUAUUGCAAUCCAGGUAGAGAACGAGUUUGGGUCCUAUAGCGAUGAAGUAACACAUUUGGCGUUCCUAAAACAGCUGCUCCAGAAGAAUGGUAUUGUGGAGAUGUUCUUUACCUCGGAUGGUUACGUGGCUUACAACAUGACAGGUUUAGAUCGGGCUCCCUUCUAUAAAGACGCCCUUCCGACUGCCAACUUUAAUGAUAUCCAUCAGGGAUACGGGCUCUUCCUCAUGAUUCUCAGGAUGAGUGAGAACUUUCCACUCAUGGUCACGGAGUUCUGGGCUGGUUGGUUCGACUACUGGGGUCGCGGCCAUAACACUGUCUCUGUGGACGUAUUUUCCAACACUCUGAAAAGUAUCCUAGCUGUGGGGGCCUCGGUCAAUUUGUACAUGUUUCAUGGAGGAACAAACUUCGGUUUUACUAACGGUGCCAAUAUGGAGAAGGAUGGUUACCAUUCUGACGUGACGUCAUACGAUUACGACGCACUAGUUAGUGAGGAUGGACAACUUACACCAAAAUAUUUUGCUGCUAGAAAUUUGAUUCGAACAAUGUCGCUCUCAGCGCAAGACAACGCGUCCCUUCCCGACCCACCGUCAACAAACAGAGAUGGAUUUCUAGGUCCAGUGAAAAUUCAAAUACAAUCCUAUAUUGCACUACGGGAGCUUAUCGGCUUUGUUGAGACUCCGAUCACCAGUACGUCACCAGUUUGUAUGGAAGAUCUUGUUUGGAAAGACAACGGUUAUGGACAGAACUUCGGAUACAUUUACUACACUUCCAGGAUAUCACAUGGCGGCAACCUUACCUUCACUGGCGCACCCACCGACAGGAAUGAGAUAUUUGUUGAUGACGUCACACUGGCUAUCCAUGAUGUUCACGAUACCAAUGUCACCUUGCAUAUUCCUGCGUCUUCAUCGAACAGACAGGAAAUGGAACUUGGAAUACUGGUGGAAAACCGGGGACGUGUCAAUUACGCUUUGUUUUCGUAUAAUUUUCUCAACGAGCAACGCAAAGGUAUUAAUUCCGACAUUCUACUUGACGACCAAGUGAUACGCCACUGGAAAAUAUACCCUAUGGACUUUUCCGACGCAUUCAUCAAUAGGACACUGGCUGAUGGUACAUGGACCACGCUUGGGGACAUAAACAGGAGUUCUCCUACUCUGUAUAGGGGGCGCUUUGAUAUAUCCAGUAACAAGGCGGACACCUUCCUUUGGAUGACGGACUGGUGUAAGGGCUUUGUGUUAAUCAACGGUUUCAACCUGGGUCGAUACUGGAACGUAGGGCCUUUGAUGACGCUGUAUGUCCCAGGGACACUACUGAAAGAAGGACAGAAUGAGAUAUUGAUUUUUGACCAACACUGCAGUCAUACCAGCGUACAACUGCGGAAAACACCGGUUUUAUCGAAAGAUAGUUUGUAAAAUAUGCCUUACAACAUCGCUUUAUUCACGGUUUUGUCACAAUAAAUAAAAGAA